GCGCAGAAGCCGCCGGGGCGCAGGCGCGCACUGUCCCCACCGCCCCCGGCUCCGCCCCCGGCGGGAAUUCCCUCGCCCGCCGCGGCGCUGCCACGCCCCCUCCCGCCGCCUCCGGGGCCGUCGGCGGGGGCGGCUGCGCCAGACGAUGGGGGUCGAGCCCCGGCGGGCGCUGUCCGGUCGUGGCGUGAGUUAGUGGAUGGCUGAAAGUUGGCUUGACCAUUGAGUUGCUGAAAUGUUUUGCUGCUUGAGAGCCGUGAAAAGCUUGAAGCUUUCAACAGAGUAUCCACAGCUGAAAAUCUCCAAAAGCCAUAUGCUUGUCUUCAAGUUAUGUCUGGAGAAGAUAUUGCUACAAAGCAUUCUGCAGUCAAGAACUUUGUCAGGAGCUGAUGCCAUCAAUGCUCUCAGACCUUUCUAUUUUGCUGUGCAUCCAGAUUUCUUUGGCCAGCAUCCCAAAGAGAGGGAAGUAAAUGAAAACUCUCUGAAGAGGUUAAAUGGCUACUUGGAGAAUCUACAGAAACCAGGAUUUCGCUCCUUUAAGCCAACUCAGCUUACUUUUUAUGUAAGAGAAAGAGAGCCAAACUCUUCUAAUGUUCAAGAAUCCUUCAGUGCUUCAGGGUUUCGAGCAGUCAGUUUUACAUUACAUACUAGGGAUCUCCUGAGCACAGUAUUAGAUAUUCUCAACUCCUGCAGUUUAUCUACGGAGCACGUUCAAAGUUUGAAUGUGAACUCUCAGCCCCACAAGGAAGCACAAGGCACACUCAACAGACCUAUCAAAUGGGAUAAGACUUACUAUUCAUUUACUGGAUUCAAGGAUCCUGAGGAGGAACUAGAACAAGCCCAGAGAGUGGAAACAACUUUAAUAUCCUGGCUAGAUGAUAAUGAAGCAAGUGCAGUAAAAAAGCUGAAAAAGAGUUUGCCACUUAGAAAAGAACUAGAACGUUUAAAAUUUGAACUUUCUCAUCAACUCCAACUCUCAGAUAUCAGGUGGCAGAGAAGCUGGGGUAUUGCUCACCGCUGUAGCCAACUACACAGUCUAGGUCGCUUAGUCCAACAGAGACCUGAAGUAUUAAAGAAUGUUAAAGGACGCACGGUAGUAUUUACAGACCGUUCAGGUAUGAGCGCAGCAGGCCACAUAAUGCUGGGGACCAUGGAUGUUCACCAUCACUGGACCAAAAUUUUUGAGAGAUUGCCAAAUUAUUAUAAACUUCAAAAAAGGCUACUGUUCUUGGAAGAUCGGAUAAGCCAACUUCUGGGAGGCAUACAAGUAAUAUAUAUUGAAGAACUGCAACCCCUAUUGACUCUAGAAGAGUACUACGAGACUCUGGACUCUUUCUAUAAUAAAUUGCGUGACAGUAGACUACCUUUUCAUCCUCGCAGUCUGCGAGGCUUGCAAAUGAUUCUGGAAAGUGACAGAUAUGCACCAAGCUUACAUGAAUUUGGACACUUUAUGAUCCCAACAGUUUGUGAUCCAGCAACCCUUCAAUGGUUUAUUUUUGCCAAAGCACAGGAAGCAAGAGAGAAUCUGAAAAGAAAGGAAGAGAUGAUGAUUACAGAAAAAGAGCUCAUCGAUACUUCCACUGAAAAAUUUUCUUUGGAUCGGCUGUAUAAGGAACCCAGUGUUUCCAGUGCACAGAUGAUAGAUUGUUGUAAGCGACUGCUGGAAGAAUCAUUGCCAUACCUACAAGGCAUGCACCUUUGCGUUUCGCACUUCUACUCUGUGCUGCAGGAUGGAGACCUGUGCAUACCUUGGAACUGGAAAAACUGAGGACAUAUCUGAUAAUCAGAUGAAUUGUUUAUUUUCUGUAAGAGGCUAUAAAUAUGAAUGUUUUUAAGAGUAAAUUAUUUAAAUCUGUAUUUUGAUAUCAGUAUUCAACCCACAAAUUUUCUUUAACUGCUACUCAAAAAGGAUUGGAGUCCUUGACAAUUUGCACAAUGCGCAGUAUUGCCGGUUCUGGGAAAGACACCUGUACAUUCUCUAUACUACUGUAGGAGUCCCAGUGUAUGGUAGCAGUUGUGAAACCACAUUUUUGUAGUGAAUUAUGAAAAUAUAUUAAAUUGCAAGUCUGCAAAAAUGUGCAUGAAUAUUGCUGGAUGGGUCUUCUUAAAUAGUGUACUACUGAAACCCAACAUUAUAUGUAAUCUUAAGGGAUUCAUUGAGUGCAAAAGUUGAGUACAUAAGUUAUCUGGUGGCAACAUUGGCAUUUCAUGUAGCUACCUGUUACUGAAUUAAAAAGGACAAGGGAAAAAACACCAGGGUGUCUCUGCUUUGCAGAAGAAAGCAGUACAUUGACUCCGUCUCUAACAGUAGAUUUUCAUUUGCUGGUCCAAUAUUGUUGCCUCAGAAUUUCAAAAUAUGCCAGUUGUACUGUCUGCAGUUACUUUAAAGGAGAUGUCAUUCUCUCUUUGUUUUCUGACAUUUGCUCCAUAAAUACAGACAGUCCUCUUUACUUACGCUAUAGCAGGUUGCAGAUCCCAUUCACACACUUAAAACCUGAGUAGUUUAAUGUGACAUCUAAGGAAAGGAAGCAUUGAUUUGUGUGGGAUUGUCUGCAAGGGUAAGUACUUCUCAGUGAAAGCAAGGAGUUUGCAGUAAGGCAAAUGCGUAGAUCCUUUUUUUUUUUUUUUCCCCAAGGAAUAAAGUACCAGUAAUAAAGUGUGAAUGUAUGUCAACACUUUUUCAUUGUAAUACAUGCCAAGAUGCAUUCUGUAUUUGGGUUACUACUUUGCAAAAUUUCCUUUGAGAAGAACCAAGUGUUUCAUGUUUCUGACUUGAAUUCACCUAUAACAACUGAUAAAAAAAAAGUAAUUGUCAAA